AUGCUGGACUGGAUGAAGGGGAAUGAGGGCCUGGAGGCUCCCGAUCAGACAAAGGGUUCGAACCCCCCCGAGACCCCGGCUCCUGUGUUUGCGAUCCGCGCCUUCAAAAGCGCUUUGUUUGGAACUCCCGGCGAAGACGAGAAAACACCUCGUCCACCACAACCACCACAACCAUCACAACCGAAACAGAUAGCUCAUCAGCGCAGCAAGAGCGAAGCUACAAACCCAAUCUCUAUCCCCGAGAAGCUAGACCCCUCAAAAACCGAUCCGGACUCGACGGUCAACCCUGCUUGUUCUCCGACCAAAAGUAUCCUCGUGACACCGGGUACUAUCUCGAACCGACGGAAGACAGUCUCUUUUGGCGAGGGAGUCGUUGACAACGAAGGCAAACGUGAUAGUCAUUCGAUCAAAGCAGUCAAGACACCUCCCAAUCCGUCAGGUAAUCUGAGUACCCAGUGGAUGACAGGCUCGGCAGACGGCAAGCCGCGGAGCAAGCUCACGCAGACUUUAAUGGAUGCCCGCGACAAUGCGACGAAAAAUGCAGACUCGGGCAAGUCGUCAACCGUUUCGUCUACUACCGACUCCGUCUCAUCCCAGCCCAAAGAUGACAGCGAUCCCGAGGAUAUUACGCUCAAUAUGGAUGAGCCCCGAUCGGAAUCGGGCAAGUACUGGAAAACGGAAUACAAUAAUUAUCGCGUACGCACCAAUCGUGAAAUCAAGAAAUUGAUUCACUACCGAACUAUUGCCAAGUCCUACGCCCGCAAGAAGGACUCUGAGGCACUGCGACUGUCAGAGAAACUCAAGGAAGAGGAGGAAAAGGUUGCUGAGAUGGAAAAGCAGGUGACUCGUCUUGCUUCCUCGAUUAUGGGGCAGGACUCCAAGGUCGAUAAGGAGCAGUUGAUUCAGGACCUGACCAAACAAACUGCUUUGGCGCUACAGUACAAACAGCAGGUCACUUCGCUCCGUGCCACACUCGAACAACAAGGAGUUGUGGGAGGCGAUGCUCAAAGUUCCAGCAGCAGCGAACCUCCUAAGCCGGAGUCAUCUGAAGAAAGCUCUGACGAGCUUCUCAAAACUCAGCAAGAACUCAAGCAAGCAAACGCCCAGAUUGAGGACAUGAAGCGCCAGAACCCAGACUUGCGUACUCUCCAGACCCUCGCACAGAUCUCAGAGAAGAAGGCGCAGGACCUCGAGAAGGAAAACCUCAGCCUCAAGCAGACAAUGGCUCGCGUGAAGCAGGAAAUGUCACGAUAUGAAGGCCGACGCAAGGAGAAGGAAACCAAGUUGAAACAGAGAGAAGCCAAGUUGGAGGCCCGUAUCCAGGAGUAUCGGGAACGUCUCAAGACCACGACUCAAGAGCAUCGGCAGUCAGAAGACGCAUUGCGAAAGAGCUUCGAUGAAGAACGCAAUCGUAUGCAAAGCCAGAUCGAACAAUUAAAGACCAGAGUCUCAGCUGUUGAGCGCGCCCCUAUUCUCCGGCCCCAGCAAAGACGUUCUCUCAGUCCACGCAAAGAGUACACAGGGGUGCAUGUGUAUGAUUUCGCAGGUCAGGACCAUAACGAUCACCCGGAGAUUGAGGAAGAGGCUACCGAGGAUAUCGAGGCGCCACCCAGCCCGAGUCCACGCUCUAAAGCUCGUGAACCUCGACCCACGCGCAACGCCACUACAGGUGCGCUUGAACUUAAGCGUGCAUCCAGGGAGAUUCGAGACGUCGGUACAAAUGAUGACGAAGUCACUCAUUAUCUGAAUGAGAUCCUGCCUCGACCAUCGCUCCGAUCCCGUUACUCAGGCCUAGAUACUAUUCCACCUUCCUCACCACCUGACAUUGGAGCUCUCAGAUCUCUCCGUGGUACUCAGCGCACCUAUCGUUCUCUAUACCUUCGUGACCCCGAAAACACAAACAACUCCACUUCCAAUACAAUUAAUCAACUACCUACCUACGCCAACACCCACCGUCAUCGCUCACAUAUCAAGUCUACUCUGGAUACCCUCUCCGGUACGACUGAUUCCCGGCUUGGUAACUAUGCUGGACAUACCAUUUCCGGGGGAGAACGACUUGGAAAGCGAUAUGGAUUGCUAGCUGAUCUGAAAAGUGAAGCACUUUCCCCGGAGCGAGUGGCUGCAGCGAAGUCUCGACUUAGACAAAAGCGUGAAAGUCAACGACUGAAGGCAUCCGGAAAGGAGAAUCUUUGA